AUGCGUGCAUUACUGGAUUCAGGCUCACAAGUAAACCUUAUAACAGAACGAGCAGCACGAAAACUUAGGCUAACUCAAUUAUCAAGCCCGCUUUAUCUUAGUGGCGUCGGUCAGAAACACAAGUGCUCAAAAAAAAGAGUCUACGUACUUAUAUCAUCUAGUGUAACCAACUACAAAACUGAAAUAGAAGCUCAUAUGUUGCUAACAGUUGUUGCAAAUCAGCCUGCAAUUGAACUGGAUACAUCAAAUUGGGCUAUACCAGAAGGAGUUGUGUUGACUGAUGCCCAAUUCAACAAACCAGGUCCAGUAGACAUUCUUAUUGGCGUUGAAUUAUACAACGACAUAGUUCUGCCAAGGAGAAUUUCGUUAGGAAAUAAUUAUCCAAUGUUACAAAAAACUGUGUUUGGCUGGAUGGUCAGUGAUUGUAUUUCUGGGGUUUCUUCUUUUGCAUCGAUCUGCGGUGUUCUUACAAAUAAUGUAGAACUAGACCUGCACAAAUUUUUGGAACUAGAUGAGAUACAGCAAGGUUCGUCGGAUCAAACACUUGAAGAACAGCAGUGUGAGGAACACUUUAAUCGAUCUUUGGCAAUAUCAACUGAUGGCAGAAUCGUUGUGAAAUUACCAUUCAAAGGAGAAGUCACUUCUUUAGGCUACUCGCAAAGAUCAGCACAGCAAUGUUUUUUCGCUGUAGAAAGACGUCUCAACGGAUACCCUGAAUUCAAAACAAAAUACAAUAAAUUUAUGGAAGAGUACUUCAACCUGGUACAUAUGAGUGAGAUCAACCCAGAUGAUAUAAUCCAUCCAUGUUAUUUUUUGCCUCAACGUGGAGUCCUUCGACCAGAGAGCUCCACGACUAAACUUUGA